CGGCUCGGAGCAGCCUGGGAGAUGUAGUCCUCGGACCGUCCCCGCUAGAGGCUGCACAGCCCGCUGGGACCCCCCGCCGCCGCGCCCGCCGCCGCCGGGCCGGCGCCCUCCCGUUUCCUUCCUCCAGGGGGAAAAAAAUGUCCUUCGGGCCGCUGUCCGGGAAGCGGCAGCAUGUGGCGCUCCGCUGUCAGUAGCAACAAGGUCAGCGCCCCCUCUCCGCGUCUUGCCCCCUCAGCUCUCGCGCUCAGGUGGGACAGAGCCAGCUGCGCAAACCAUGCAGGAUGAUUUACUGAUGGACAAAAGCAAAACCCAGCCCCAGUCUCAGCAGCAGCAGCGGCAGCAGCAGCAGCAGCAGCAGCAGCAACAGCUCCAGCCCGAGCCCGGCGCAGCCGAAGCCCCGUCCACGCCCCUCUCCUCAGAGACCCCCAAGCCCGAAGACAGUAGCGCAGUGCCGGCCCUGAACCCCGCCUCGGCCCCGCCAGCCCCCAACGGCCCCGACAAGAUGCAGAUGGAGUCGCCGCUCCUGCCGGGCUUGAGUUUCCAUCAGCCCCCUCAGCAGCCGCCGCCGCCGCCGCCGCAGGAGCCCGCGGCGCCCGGAGCGUCGCUGUCGCCGUCCUUUGGCAGCACCUGGUCCACGGGCACGACAAACGCGGUGGAGGACAGCUUCUUCCAGGGGAUCACCCCGGUCAACGGGACCAUGCUCUUCCAAAACUUCCCGCACCACGUCAACCCGGUCUUCGGAGGCACCUUCUCCCCGCAGAUCGGCCUGGCGCAGACCCAACACCACCAGCAGCCGCCGCCGCCCGCGCCGCAGCCUCCGCAGCCAGCGCAGCCCCCGCAGGCGCAGCCCUCUCAGCAACGCCGCUCGCCCGCCAGCCCCAGCCAGGCGCCCUAUGCGCAGAGGAGCGCCGCCGCCUACGGCCACCAACCCAUCAUGACCAGCAAGCCGUCCUCAUCUUCGGCCGCUGCGGCUGCUGCUGCCGCGGCCGCCGCCUCCUCGGCCUCGUCCAGCUGGAACACGCACCAAAGCGUGAAUGCCGCCUGGAGUGCCCCGUCCAACCCGUGGGGUGGCCUACAGGCUGGUCGGGACCCUCGCCGCGCUGUCGGCGUGGGCGUGGGCGUGGGCGUGGGGGUACCCUCCCCGCUCAACCCCAUCUCGCCGCUCAAAAAGCCCUUCUCCAGCAACGUGAUCGCGCCACCCAAGUUCCCUCGUGCGGCCCCGCUCACCUCCAAAUCCUGGAUGGAGGAUAACGCUUUCCGGACCGAUAAUGGUAACAAUCUGUUGCCUUUUCAGGACCGGAGUAGGCCCUAUGACACUUUUAACUUGCACUCCUUGGAGAACUCCUUAAUGGAUAUGAUAAGGACUGAUCAUGAGCCUCUGAAAGGUAAACACUACCCUCCCAGUGGCCCACCAAUGAGUUUCGCUGAUAUAAUGUGGAGGAAUCAUUUUGCAGGGCGCAUGGGAAUAAAUUUCCAUCAUCCAGGAACAGAUAACAUUAUGGCACUUAACACCAGGAGCUAUGGGCGGAGACGAGGUCGGUCUUCUCUCUUUCCCUUUGAAGACGCCUUCUUGGAUGACAGCCACGGUGAUCAGGCUUUAUCAUCUGGCUUAAGUUCUCCCACUCGAUGUCAAAAUGGGGAACGAGUGGAACGCUACUCUAGAAAGGUGUUUGUUGGAGGCCUUCCUCCUGACAUCGAUGAAGAUGAGAUCACUGCCAGCUUUCGAAGGUUUGGACCUCUUGUGGUAGACUGGCCCCAUAAAGCAGAGAGCAAGUCCUACUUCCCUCCUAAAGGCUAUGCAUUCCUGCUGUUCCAAGAGGAGAGCUCAGUGCAAGCUUUGAUAGAUGCCUGCCUAGAAGAGGAUGGGAAACUGUACCUGUGUGUGUCCAGCCCCACUAUCAAGGAUAAACCGGUGCAAAUUCGACCGUGGAACCUAAGUGACAGUGACUUUGUAAUGGAUGGUUCUCAGCCUUUGGACCCCAGAAAAACUAUCUUUGUUGGGGGAGUUCCACGACCCCUUCGAGCUGUUGAACUGGCGAUGAUAAUGGACCGUUUGUAUGGUGGUGUUUGCUAUGCUGGCAUUGACACGGACCCAGAGCUGAAGUACCCCAAAGGUGCUGGGCGUGUUGCGUUCUCCAAUCAGCAAAGCUACAUUGCAGCCAUCAGUGCACGUUUUGUGCAGCUUCAACACAACGACAUUGACAAACGGGUGGAAGUGAAGCCCUAUGUGCUGGAUGAUCAGAUGUGUGACGAGUGCCAGGGCACACGCUGCGGGGGGAAGUUUGCCCCAUUCUUCUGUGCCAACGUCACCUGUCUGCAGUACUACUGUGAAUACUGCUGGGCCAGCAUCCACUCCCGAGCCGGCCGCGAGUUCCACAAACCGCUGGUGAAGGAAGGAGGCGACCGCCCUCGGCAUGUCCCGUUCCGCUGGAGCUGAGCCCCCGGCCGACCCAGCUGCAAGUACUGGAGUAGAUCACAAGGAGGAAGAGAGGGCACUGCCUCAGGGCUCACGGUGUUCUGGAAAUCUGUGCAUUCGUUCUCGAUUUUUAAAGAAGAAAUGGGUCUUUUUAUUAUUAUUAUUAUUAUCAUUUACAGUCAUAUUACUGAACUCAGCGUCCAGUAUAAUGCAGAAUCGCAGAGUGUGUAACGGUACCCAUUUGCACUUUGACUCACAACUUGUCUGCUUGGUACCUUGAUUUCUUACACCUGAUCUGUCACCUCCACAGUACGUAGACUGCCAUUCUCAUCAGCGGCCGUCAGGUUGACGUCUGUGACUUUGUUUGAUGUUGUGUUGUUGUCGCUCUGAUUGGUUUGGAACUGGAGCAUGCACUUGUUUUCAGAAACGUAGACAGUCGCCCCUAGGACAAGACUUACCAAAGGUCACCGUGUAAGUAGAGGCCGAUGUAGCAAACACUUUCCAAUCAGCAAUCAGUAGUGGGGUCUCGUAGAGUAAGGCUAGCCCGUCAUGAAAAUAAGCCCGUAGUUGCUCCGUACUCUGAUGUGUACGGAUACCUCACAAGCUGGGUCUUUACCUUUCCUUCAUGUUUGAUUUUUGUUUUGCCGAGGAUUUGGGCUAGAUCUUUUAGUGUUAUGUAAGUUUAUGCUGCAAUAGCUUUUGCUGCUAUUAAAAUGGUAUUGUUGAUACCAUAAUACUCUAUUCAGGCUAAGGUAUCAAAAACAAAAACAAGAACCCAACAACACACUUUUGUGGGUUAGGGAUAGAGCCAGCUGCCAGAGGGAGACCGGAAGAGGCCAGAGAGAGCCAGCAGAGGCCGCCAUUCCUGACUGCAUGUUUUCUUAAUGCGGUUGCUGCAUGCAAUAAAUUUUAUAUCCAAUGUCUAGUAUAAAACCUUCCCACAAUGCACAAAUUAAGAAUCUAUAUAAGCUAUAAAAAUACUCAUUUUUUUAAAGAUUUUUUUUCAUUCAAAGAAUUGGUAGUCGGUGGGAGGAAGGCAUGCCUCAGUGGGUGGAAUGCUUGUGGACAGGAAGAGCCCAUAACAGGACGACCAUUAUAAGUUCAACCAAUAGAAAACCUAGGUGUAGGAUCCUCUUACAGCAAAUCUGUGGAUGGUAGAUGAAGUACUUGCGGUGCUCUGUUAUAUAUUGUGCAAUUUAUUUUAUAUAGUAAAGUGAUUAUGUCUAACUGUGAUCAAAUGUAACUGUUAAAAGCCUCUGUGUCAGACAUUAAUGAACUUGACCAUUCAUAACUGGUAUAUUAUUAAGUAACACAUGAGCUCCAACCUCCUAGUGCUCACACCACUACAUAGCUUCAGACCUUGUCCAGGGAGCCAGAGAGCUCAUCUUAGCCUACAACACUAAGAAUACACACAGUAUCUAGAAAUAAGUUGUCAAGUUGACACGGAGGCACAUCUUUAAGAAAGCCACGUGAGGGUGAUGCUAAAGACGUCUGUGCCAAGGAGAUGGCCUGGGCAGACGUGGCCUUGUGUGCGACACUAACUGCUAGUUCCCUGGAUUCACCUGUAAAGCUUGAAUAGAACGAAGCCUGCUCCUGCUACUGUGGACACUCGUAGCAUUCACUCCCGGGCUGCAGAGAGUAACAGAAACACACACGGUGAUUACAAGACUGUAAAGCUUUUUAAACCCUUCUUCCUUUGUUUUGAAUUCUGGGGACAAUCUGACUGGAUGUGACACUGCAGAGUAGAUUUAAGUCACUGUGUGUUUCGUGCUGUGAUUUCCUCGUACUGUCUCGAAGUCAGUGUUGCUUGGUUUUUAUUGUAGUUUGUUCUUUUUUGUCUCUCCAGUGUUUAGUUGUGAAUACUGGCUCUCCAGCUUCAGUUUGUUUCAAAAAGGAGAAACAAAAUAGUUUUUUACUGAAUUAAAAGAUGCCUAUUAGAACCCUCCCCCUUUGGGGUUUUCUCUGGGCCUUUUGGUAAUAAUUGCUUUUCUGCAGCCCAGAUGUGGUUUUGUUUUGGUUUGGUUUUUUCAUUUUUUUCUAUGUUUGUGUUUAAUUUUUUUCAUCUGUAUGGGAAAUUUUGUUACGCACUACUACUUUUUAUAUUCUAGAACGUUUUCAGAAGUUGGCUGAUGAUUUUCGUUUAUUUGUUUUUAAGGAAAAGCGCGCUUUCUGACUGACCUGAUCUUUUGCAAUACCUCAAUUUUGAAAUAUAGGAAAGAAAUGAUAUUUUCUAAGUAAGUUUAUUCAGAAAAUAUAUAUUAAUUUAAUUCUGCAAGAAAAUGAUUUAACAGAUGGGUAACUUUAUUUUUUUCAUGCUUAUUUGUGUUUUUUGAAAAUGAAGAAGUUAGAGCUUUAUAACUAUAAUAUUAAAGAUCAUAUCUAACCUACAGAAAUCUACCUAAUUAUGUGAAAGACACAGAUGUUUGGAAGACGCACCCCUCUUUCAUGUACUAAAAUAACCCUGAGCUCUAGAGAAGCUGGAAGACUGUGCAGCGUAAACUAGCGCGGAGACCAGGUUGUAAGAGAGACUCCAUUUGGUGCUGAGAGCUGUGACUAGGUGACAGAAACUACUUUCCCUUAAUUUGUAUAUUUAUAAUCAAGUGCUGAUUGUGCGACUGACCAGGAUUGUGAAAGAGCUCUUCUGUUUGUAUUUUUUUAAAGAGAACUUUUUUAGUUUAUUAAAUUAUAACAUGUUCCCUUUUGUUUUUGUAAAUAAAUGUGCCCCCCAAGUUCUUAAUGUUAUAUUAAAAGAGAGGGUCCUUCAAAAAAUUAUUUUUUAAAUCACAGAGGUGUUCUGCCCUGCAACUAGACUGGGAAGCCCCUGUAACGCAGGUCCUGCCGUGGCCUUCCUUGAUGGGACACUUGAACUAAGUGGAGUUUUGAAGGCUGUAACUAACCUCGACUCUUUGUUGUUACGUGCAAUACUGUUUGUACUGUUUGUAUAAAAAAUAGAAAAAAAGAAAAGAAAAAAGGCAUAAAUCUUUAUUGCAGAUUUAUUUUCAUUGCAGACUUUAGACAUUGUGACUCACGGAACUCAUUUUCUACUGUCAAUAUAUGUACCUUUUCCUCAUGCUGGUAUUUUUUCAAUAGUAACGUAGCCUUUGUACUGAGACAAAUUUUCAUUGUUAUUUUUAGAAAGAUUUUUUGCUAAGAAAAAAAUUAAACAUAUUUACAUAUUUUUCAUUUUAUUUCGUAUUUUCUUUAAGGAGUGCUUUCUCAAUCACUUGGAGUUGUUUCUGGGAGGGACUUUCAUAUCUGGUCAACGUCAUAAUAUUAUUUUGUAUUUUUACUUGGAAUAAAUUAAUUUUAUGAUGCUAAUUCUUUAAAAGUUUAUUUUUUUCAUUUUCAGUUAUUUUUGAAGCUAAAACCUUUGUAAUAUUGUUACUAAAGUGUCUAGUUUUUUGAAAUGCAAAGCUUUAUGUAUUAAUGCUGAUGUGGUUUACAAUAGUGGCGACAAUGGAAACCGUUGGUUCUGUAAAGUGACUGGGACUGUAACGACAAUUGGGUAAUAAAUGACAGAGUGAGCAGAACGUGCGGGAUCUCGACAAGCCUUUUCCUUUAUUACAGUGCUUUAGUGUGAGACUAGGGAUGUCACAGUACAGGUCUCUAAGGAUGUCACAGUGAGUUUAUACAACACCAGAUGCAGCAAAAUCUGUGGCCUGACAUCAGGUCACCCCUCCUGAUAUAAUAGCAUUGGGUAUGAAGCCAUGCUCGGCCAGCAGUGUCCAGUGCUUUCCCUAAAUCUCCUCAUUAUGUCCUGUGUGUGCGUGCGUGUGCGUGUGCGUGUGUGUGUGUGUGUGUCCACCACCAACUGCUGUCCGUGUGUGAACUAGUGCCUUUCCCUCCCAAAUCUUUUAUUCGCAUGCACAGUGGCGAUGUGUGUGAGGAGCCCCCACUUUGUAUGUUGUGUGAGGAGACCCCACCUUGUAUGUUGUGUGAGGAGCCCCCACCUUGUAUGUUGUGUGAGGAGCCCCCACCUUGUAUGUUGUGUGAGGAGCCCCCACCUUGUAUGUUGUGUGAGGAGCCCCCACCUUGUAUGUUGUGUGAGGAGCCCCCACCUUGUAUGUUGUGUGAGGAGCCCCCACCUUGUAUGUUGCAUGACGUGAAUGCCUCCCCUGAUGUGUCCCUGGAAGGGCUGGCGGCAGGCCCUGGGGAAGCGCACUAGAUGUCACCACUGUUUAUGUGUUAGCUGCAUCUUCCUCCCCUCCCUGUCUGUUCCCUUGUUAGCCUCUUCUCAUGGUAACACUGGGCACUCUGCACGAUCUGUCUGCCUUCCGGCUGCUGCUUCUCCAUCCCCCAUCCCCGCCUCGAGUCCCCCUCAGCCCCUGGAGUGCACUGUGAAAGCAGCUGCAGCUACUGCAGAGAUGGCUCACAGCUUCAGAGCUGGUGUUGUGUAAACAGAACAUCCGGGGACUCUCUAGAUAGAUGUGCAUUUCUGCUAGUUGUUGGUGGCCUCUUCUUGUUCUGCUGAAGCGGAGAGGAGGUUAAUCAAGAACUGGGGUUAGCAUGUGUCCAGAGUUGGCUCUUGGGUUCGCUCUAUGUAUUCAGUUUUGUAAAUAAUAUAUAGAUUAGAUCAAGUUGUGAUGUAAAAUUUUAACUCAAAUUGGGUCCUAUUGGUUGGAAUUUUACAUUAACUACAAAUAAAUGAUUAGGAACAGAAGAAACUGGGAAAAUUCUUGUUUAAGUGGUAUAAAGAUUAUGCUUAGAUUUCUGCCUAUAUCUUGUGUUUUAUAGCUUGUUAGUGAGGCAUGGGCUAACGCAGUGUACUGCAUUUAUGCAAUUAGCAAAUAACUGCUAGUUUUCAUUUUACCUAUUAUAUUAGCAACAAAGUGGCAUUUAACUGGGUAAAGCUCCUACCUAAAUAUUUGAGUAUUGUGACAUCUCAGCUUGCAAGGUUUGAAUGAAAGGUUAGUCACAGAUUAGUGAAAAAAAGUGUCUUUUUGUUAAAACUGGCUUAUUUGUACGGGUCACUCCUCUCUCACUAGUUGUAUGCUGUGUUUGCUAUCAUUUAUUUUUUUCUUUUAUAAUAACCAAACUUGUCAAACUCAGCUGCCAUAGUGUUCCAUUCCCACCACAGAGUAUUUUAUAAUUGAUGCUGUUGACUUACUACCCCAAAAUGGGUCAAGAAGUGGAUCGAGUCUAGGGUGUUGACUUUGUCUGAUUUUAGUAGUUCAUUGGGACCAGUAGAGAGCAGGGGUGCACUGCCCCUGGACAUAGUGCUGUCGGAGAUAAGAUAUUAGGUAUUUGUAUUUUUGCUGUCAAAAUGAUGGACAUGACUUUUAGAGUGUUCACAGCUAUGAUCUCUGUAUUUGUUUUUCAACUAACAACUAAUUUUAACUGUACUGUAUCUUUUCCUACCUGUUCUCUCGGAUUGUUUUUGCUGGUAACCCUUCCUGUGCCCUGGGGCUUGGAUUAAUACUGCUUGUACGGAUUCGCUACUGUGACUGAACGUGGAGCUCACGCAGCUAUGGCUUAAACUGCUUAAACUUUGUAGUUUGGACUUUUUUUCUGUAAUAACAACUUAUUAAAUCUAGUUGUACGAAGCA